AUGAAGUCUACAGUUCUUCUCGGCCUGACUGGCCUAGCGGCAGUUACUGCCCACCCACACAUCCACUCCCGUAAUGAUGGCGGCAAGGAUGCCGUUACCCUUGGCAAGCGUGGUGUAAACCUCGACCAGUACCUAGAUGUACCAAGCCUCGGAUCAUACACCAAAGCUGAAGCCGUCAGCAACGAUGCUCCCUCUGUGUCCGGCUCGGAUUACAUCCAGGUUGCUACAGACCUUGUCAAGAAGACAUUCCCAGACCUUACCUUCCGUGUUGUCGAUGAUCACUACGUUGGCUCGAACGGAAUUGGCCAUGUCAACUUCAUCCAGACCAUCCACGGUAUUGACGUUGACAAUGGCAACUUCCAUGUCAAUGUUGCCGCCAAUGGCAAGGUGUUCUCUCACGGAAACAGCUUCUUCACUGGUACCCUGCCAGAAAAGCCUGCCAGCCGCAAGCGUGACUCUGGAGAGCCAGUCGAUGCUCUUCGAGCUGCUGUGAGCACCCUAAACCUCCCCGUCCAAGUCAGCCCCGACGCUGCUGUGUCAGCGAGCUUGACCGGCACUGAUGACGUCUACACCAUCACCGGAGUCUCGGGCACUACUACAGAGCCCAAGGCUCGCCUCGUCUAUCGCCAAGACGAUGCGACCAAGGUCACCCUGACCUGGCGCAUCGAGACCGACGUGGUUGACAACUGGCUGCUGUCAUACGUUGAUGCUGAGACUAGUUCCGAGGUCCUCGGCGUCGUCGACUACGUCGCAGACGUCUCCUACGAGGUUUACCCAUGGCACACUAGUGACCCAAGCCAGGGCGAGCGUGUCAUUGAGCAGGAUCCUUGGCUUCUCGAGGCCUCCCAGUUCGGCUGGAUCAGCGAUGGGAAGACCAACUACACCACUACCCGUGGUAACAACGCCAUCGCCCAGAUCAAUCAUGACGGAGGCGACGAGUACCUUAAUAACUACCGCCCAGACAGCCCGGAACUCGCCUUCCAGUACCCUUACUCCUUGACAGAGCCUGACUACAAGAACUACGUGGAUGCUUCCAUUAGCCAGCUGUUCUUCACUGCCAAUAAGUUCCACGAUCUCCUGUAUCUUUUGGGUUUCACAGAAGCAGCGGGUAACUUCCAGGCGAACAACAAUGGCAAGGGAGGCAGGGAAGGAGAUCAUGUUAUUCUGAAUGCUCAAGAUGGCUCUGGAAUGAACAACGCCAACUUUGCUACCCCCCCUGAUGGCCAGAAUGGUCGUAUGAGAAUGUAUAUCUGGAACGCCUCUACUCCUUGGAGGGACUGCAGCUUUGAUGCUUCCGUCGUUCUCCACGAGUACACUCACGGCCUCUCUACCAGACUCACCGGUGGACCCGCCGUCUCCGGAUGUCUCUCGGGCACAGUUCCAGGUGGUCUGGGAGAGGGCUGGUCCGACUUCUUCGCCGUCGGCGUCGGUCUGAAGCCCAACCACACACGAUCCACCGUCUACCCAAUGGCACCAUGGAUCUCCAACAAGCCUCUAGGCAUCCGCCCCUACCCAUACGCCACCGACUUCAACGUGAACCCCCACACCUACAAGGACAUCGUCGGCCUCACCAAGGUCCACUACGUCGGCACCGUCUGGUGCACGAUGCUCUACGAGAUCCUCUGGAACCUCAUCGACAAGCACGGCAAGAACGACAACGACUUCCCCACCCUCGACGACAAGGGGAAGCCCGACGACGGCCGGUUCCUGGCCCUCAAGAUCGUCCACGACGCCUUCGAGCUGCAGCCCUGCCGGCCCAACUUCGUCUCCGCCCGCGACGCCAUCCUCGACAGCGAUCUCGCCCUCACCGGCGGCGAGAACAAGUGCGAGAUCUGGGCCGGCUUCGCCAAGCGCGGUCUGGGACCCAAGGCGACUGCGAGCCCCGUCGCCGAGGAUUUCGAGACGCAUGCUGAUUGCAAGUAG